CGUUUCAAUUUUCCAAUUCGUCGGUGUUUGAGGUUAGGGUUUGUGUUUUCCCCAAUUUAUCGACACGAACCAGAAGAAAAAGAAAGGUAAUAAUAAUAAUAAGAAGCAAUGUUGUCGUUAGACGAGAUCCCGGAGGAACUUAUACAGAAGGCGAGAGAAGUUGAAGGUGCGAUUAAGAAGAUCACUAAGAAGGCGCGCCUUGAAAAGUCGACAUUGGACGAGAAGUAUAAGAAGAUGGCAAGGGAAAGUGAGGAGAUGUUGGCAGUGAAGCGUAUGUAUAAAGGAUUGCGGAAGGAUCUCUACGAGGAAAGAAAUGAGCAUAUCAAAUCAAUUCCCAAUUUCUGGCCUACUGCUUUUCUUAAUUAUUCCCGUCUUCGGAAACAGUUGAGUGAAGAAGAUGCAAAGAUAAUCAGGUUUCUGAAGUCUGUGGUUGUGGAAGUUGGCCAAAAUGAUGAGCGCGUAAUUACUUUCUUCUUUGGCGAGAAUGAGUAUUUCGUAAAUACAUUUCUCAAAACGAUAUACUCCCGCACUGACAAAGGAAUAUUAGUUCAUAAACAAGGAACUAAAAUCUUGUGGAAGGCCACUACAACUGGAGCAGGAGCUGAGAUUCUGGGGGGCAUUCCCUGGUCCACUGAUAUCGAUAAGAGCUUCUUUACACUCGUCUUUGAUCCUAAAGACAAAGGUCUUCCAGAAAUGCGUUGUGAUAAGGUGCUUGAGACAAUCGAAGAGCAUCUAUGGCCACGCGUACUUGGCUAUUACUUAAACUGGUGUGCGAUUACUGAAAUUGAAGUAGAGGAAGGAAGCAAGGAAAAGAUUGCUUUGCAUGAAUUGAAGGUUAUACAAGACAAGCUUGAAGAGUAUGAUGGCAAAGAAUACCGUGGAUGCAUGGAAGUGGAGGAAAUUUUUGGGGAGAAGGCAUUGGAAGAACAAGUGCUUAUUGAGCAGAAAUGUAGUCAAGAACGAAAACCACUUUAUCAGGAAAGAAAUGAGAUUGUCAAAACAAUUCCAAAAUUCUGGUUAUUAGCGUUUAUUAGUCAUUAUGCACUUGGAGAUCUUUUUGGUGUUGAAGACCAAAAGAUAUUCAGGUGCGUAGAUUCUGUGGAUGUUGUAGAUAACGAAGAUGUCACGUCUGGGUACACGAUUACGUUAAAUUUCGAUAAUAACCCAUAUUUCUCAAACCAAAGUCUCACGAAGAGAAUCUCAUUUUGUGAAGAUGGAACUACUAACUUAAGUGCUGUCAUGAUUAGCUGGAAGGUUAACAUGGACAUUUCAACUGAAUAUCUACAUCACACUCCCCUUACUAAUGCAAGCUUCUUUACUUGGUUUUGUGCUCCUCAAGUUAUUGGCAAAGUGUACCACGAUGAGGUAUCUGAAUCAAUCAAAGAUGAACUCUGGCCAAAUGCGUUUGAGUAUUUUCUAAAUGGAAAUGAAAGUGAUGAAAGUAGUGAUGAAGAGGAUGAAUAACCAAAAGGCGUCGAGGAAUGACACAACUAGCCUCUAUCUAGUUUGGCCUUUCGGUAUGCUGCUGUUGGCUCACCAAUCUGUCGACAGUUGAGUGUAAUUAUGGAUUUUUUUUCCUAUUUAUUGAAGAGCCUGUAAAUAUGGAUCAGUGACAUGCUCGUUCAUUUAACAUAGAGGUUGAAUGGUCCACUGUAGUCGGUAUAACUUAGAAAAUAUAUUUCUAGGAUGGUAAGACAAUCAAUGAUUCAUUUAGGCAGAAGUAGCAAGUGUGUCCAUACACCACAAUGAAACAUCAUAAAGCUUUGAUCUACCAAGAAGGAAUUUGCGAAUUCCUGUAGGCACAUGUAAGGUACAACCUCCACGUCUUCUUUGCUCAACCCUUUUGGGAGAUGGGGAUAACUUAAGAAAUUGCAAGCUAUAACAUUUUGUGUUUUGCCCAC